AUGCAUACCCAGCUUUUCAUUAACAAUGAGUACGUCGAUGCCAAAUCAGGCGAGACCCUGAGCAUCUACAGUCCCCAUGAUGAAUCUCUGGUUGCCGAUAAGGUUCAAGUUGCCGGCCAAGCUGAUGUAGAUGCUGCGGUAGCCGCUGCAAGGGCAGCAUUCAAAGGCCCGUGGUCUAAGUUUACUGGGCCACAAAGGACAAAGGUCAUGCUCAACUUUGCCGACCUUCUUGACAAGCAUGCCGCUGAAAUUGCGCCGUUGGAAGCGAACUCCAUGGGAAUGCCACUUCAGGUAGUGAAUAUGAUCCUAGGCAUGACUUCCUCUGUUUUCAGAUACUACGCAGGCUGGACCGACAAGGUCACCGGAGAGCAAUACCCUGAGGUGGACGGAGUCUACAAGAUCGUUCAAUACGAGCCCGUUGGUGUCUGCGCAGGUAUUGGAGCAUGGAACGCGAGCCCGAUGUUCUUCGGAGCCAAGGUUGCUGCUGCUAUGGCAGUCGGAUGCACUUUCAUCUAUAAGGGUUCUGAGAAGAGCCCCUUGGGAGUACUAGCCCUUGGUGACUUAGUGAAAGAAGCGGGAUUCCCCCCAGGUGUCAUCAAUAUCAUUUCCGGAGAUGGACGGGCUGGGUCCAUGCUGGCUUCUCACAUGGAUAUCAACAAAAUCUCCUUCACCGGCUCCGUGUUCGCUGGAAAGAAGGUCCAAGAACUAGCUGCCAAGAGCAACCUCAAGCGUGUGGUUUUGGAGCUUGGUGGAAAAUCUCCCUCAAUCAUUUUCGACGACGCCGAUAUUGAAAAUGCGCUGGUCCACCACUCUCAGAACUUCCUUUUCAACACUGGUCAAGCCUGCAUUGCGGCUUCGAGAACGUUUGUCCACGAAGACAUUGCACCCAAGUUUAUUGAGCAGCUGAAGGCACGGUACGAGCAGUUUGCCCACACAAUCGGUGCGCCACUGGAUCCAAAGACAUUCCUUGGUCCGUUGGUUGACGGAAAGCAAUUUGAGAGAGUAAUGAGUUUCCUUGAGAUUGGUAAGACUGAGGCCGAGCUCAUCACUGGAGGAAAGCGCCAUGGAACUUCUGGAUUCUACGUUGAACCCACCAUCUUCCUCAAUCCCAAGGAUGAUGCCCGGAUAUACCGCGAAGAAAUUUUCGGCCCAGUAAUAACAAUCAGGACGUUCAAGACGGAGGAAGAGGCCAUUAGUAUGGCGAACGAUACUAGCUAUGGUUUAUCAUCUUGCAUCUUCACCGCAUCUACCAGUCGUGCCUUGCGCGUUGCGAAGCAACUCGAGGCUGGCAUGGUAAACAUCAACAGCUCGCAGACCUUUGGAAUGGAGGCACCAUUCGGAGGAUUUAAGCAGAGUGGCCUUGGCAGAGAGGGUGGUAGGCAGGGACUAAUGCAUUAUGUUGAAGCUAAGACGAUCUCAAUCAAGUAA